ACAAGCUGCGACGACCACACGACCGUCAAUAUCAUCUUUCUACAGCCGCAGCCAUGAAGACGCAGUGGAAGGAUAUCCCGGUGGUGCCGACCAGCCAGGAGUUUUUGGACAUUGUCCUCUCCCGAACACAGAGACGACUGCCCACGCAGAUCCGAGCGGGCUUCAAGAUCAGCCGUAUUCGAGCCUUCUACACCCGCAAAGUCAAAUAUACCGCAGAUACCUUCACCGAGCGAUUGUCCGCCACCAUCGAGGGCUUCCCCCGCCUCCAGGAUAUCCACCCUUUCCACCGUGACUUGCUGAACACACUAUACGAUGCAGACCAUUUCCGCAUCGCCUUGGGACAGUUGUCCACCGCCAAAUCUCUCAUCGAAGCUGUUGCUCGUGAUUAUGUGCGUCUGCUCAAAUAUGGACAGUCUCUGUUCCAGUGCAAGCAGCUCAAGCGAGCGGCUUUGGGACGGAUGGCCACAAUCUGCAAGCGUCUGAAGGAUCCCUUGGUCUAUCUCGAGCAAGUCCGGCAGCACUUGGGCCGUUUGCCAUCCAUCGACCCUAAUACUCGCACAUUGGUCAUCUGCGGCUAUCCCAAUGUCGGAAAAUCUAGCUUCCUGAAGAACAUCUCCAGGGCUGAUGUCGACAUUCAACCGUACGCUUUCACAACAAAGUCCCUGUUCGUGGGACAUUUUGACUACAAGAUGCUGCGUUUCCAAGCCAUCGAUACGCCCGGUAUCUUGGAUCACCCGCUCGAGGAGAUGAACACCAUCGAACAUCAGUCCAUCUGCGCGAUUGCUCAUCUGCGAGCCGCUAUCCUCUACUUUAUGGAUCUCUCAGAGCAGUGCGGUUACUCUGUUUCUGCUCAGAUUGCUCUCUUCCACUCCAUCAAACCCCUUUUCGCCAACAAGCUUGUUUUUGUCGUCAUCAACAAAAUCGAUCUAAUGAGACCCGAGGAUCUCGACCCCUCUGUCCAGGAGCAACUGCAGGGCAUGCUCAAAGAGGGUGAAGUCGAGCUUCUCCAGCUCUCCUGCACCACGACGGAAGGUGUCAUGCAGGUGCGGAAUUCGGCCUGUGAUCGUCUCCUUGCUGUGCGUAAUGCGGAAAAAUUGAAGGCGGGCACAAACAGCGCUGGAGAACCUACUGGACGCUUGGCUGAGCUUUUGCGAAGAAUCCAUGUUGCACAGCCCAUGGGUGGCGUUGUGCGCGAGACUUUCAUUCCUGAAGCCGCAAAGAAUAAGGCGAAGUACGACAAGGCCGAUCCCAACAGGCCUAAGCUGGAGCGCGACAUUGAGGAAGAGGAGGGUGGUCCCGGUGUCUACAACUUCAACAUGCGAAAGAACUACAUUUUGGAAAACCCGGAGUGGAAGGAAGACCGGAUCCCUGAAGUUUUCGAGGGCAAGAACGUCUACGACUUCAUCGACCCCGAUAUUGAAGCCAAGCUGGCUGCUCUUGAGGAGGAGGAGGAGAGGCUGGAGGCCGAGGGUUUCUACGAGUCGGACGAGGACCUGGAGGACGAAGAUGAUGCUGAUAUCAGAUACAAGGCUGAGCUGAUUCGCGAGAAGAGGCAGCUUAUCCGCAACGAAGCGAAGAUGCGGAAGAGCCUGAAGAACAGGGCCAUGAUUCCCAGAUCCGCAAAAACCCAGAAACUCUCCCAGAUGGAGUCGCACUUGGAGUCUCUUGGCUACGAUACUUCCAAGGUGUCAGCGCGAGCACGGAGCCAGAGCCGGGGCCGAAGUCUGGCUCGCGGACGCUCAGAAGGAGUUGACGGCGAUGCGAUGGAGAUUGAUACCCCGAAAGCGGCACUCGAGCGUGCGAAGAGCCGGGCUCGCAGCGCGAGCACCAACAGGCGAACCGACGGUGUCACUGACGAGACUGCUCGUUCCAAGGCCGAGAGGCUGGCCAAGCUGGCCCAGAAGAAGAUGAACAGAAUGGCGAGACAGGGUGAGGCAGACAGGCACCAGACUGGGUCGUUGACAAAGCAUUUGACUGUUGGCAAGCGCGGUAUCGGCAAGACAAACAGGAGAUGAGCACAUUCUGGGUCAUAGCACUUCAACGGGGUUGUAUGAGGCGUUCAAGGAUACAUUUGAUACCAGCGCGUUUCCAGCUUGAUAAUAGCUUUAGAGCCCGGGCUUGUCGAGUGAGGCGUGAUGAAUAGGAGCCAUUACUGUCCGCAUUAUGUUUUUAUGACGCAUGCGAGGACUGGGGCUAGGGGAAUGAAAAGCAACUUUCAUAAUUAGUUUCCAACAUUUCAUCUCGCUACCGUUACAGCUGGGCCCAUUGCCUUGGGUAGAGUGAGUUCGAUCUCACAAGUAGAGAUGCACAGAGUGCCC